GGGAAGAGUGCUCAACUCACAGAGAGAAAAGUAAAACAUGGCUAACUCCUGCCUUUUCUCUUUGCUCUUGUUCUCUUCCCUUGUUCUGGCCUCUCACUUCCGAGCCAUCCAGGCACAGUCCAAGCCUCCCAUCGUCAAGGGCCUCUCUUGGACCUUCUACGAUUCUACCUGCCCCACUCUCGAAUCCAUCGUCACAGACCAUCUCCAAUCUGUCUUCCAGAAGGACACCGGCCAAGCCCCUGCCCUGCUUCGCAUCCUCUUCCACGAUUGCUUCGUCCAGGGUUGUGAUGGGUCCAUAUUGCUGGACGCGAUUCCGCCAAGCAAUCAGAGCGAGAGAGACUCCAGAUCCAACGGCGGCAUUAGGACGGAGGCAUUGCAGACUAUCGACGAUAUCAGAGCUCUCGUCCACCAGAAAUGUGGAUCAGUUGUCUCCUGCUCUGAUAUCGUCGCUCUCGCCGGACGUGAUGCUGUUGUCCUGACAGGAGGGCCAAACUUCCCCGUCCCUCUCGGAAGACGAGACAGCCUGACCUUAAACUUCGACGAGACCAGCAACCUCCCGUCUCCCUUCGCCAACACCACCGGCACCAUCAAGACCUUCGCCGACCAGAAGUUUGACGUCACCGACGUGGUCGCCCUCUCCGGCGCCCACACCUUCGGCCGGGCCCACUGCAGCUCCUUCUCAGACCGCGUCUCCGGCACGAGCCCGGCUCCCAUCGACCAGACCCUCCUGAAGAACCUCAAGGCCACCUGUCCCAGCGCGUCCUCGCCAAACACCGCAAACCUGGACAUCCGAACUCCCAACCAGUUCGACAACAAGUACUACAUCGACCUGAUGAACCGGCAGGGACUGUUCACGUCGGAUCAGGACCUGUUUUCCGAUGCCCGGACGAAGAAGUUGGUGCAGAGUUUUGCGCUGGACCAGAAGUUGUUCUUCGAGAAGUUCAGCAACGCGAUGACAAAGAUGAGUCAGCUGAGGGUCUUGACGGGGAAGCAAGGGGAGAUCAGAGCCAAGUGUAAUCUGAGGAACAGUGGGAAGAAGUCUGUGUUGGCUUCCGUGGUGGAAGAGAUGGUUGAAGUGGCUGAACGGUUUUAGAUGGGCUAAGCCAUGGAUAUGUUGCGGUACUACGUUUUAAUCCUUUUAACGCUUUGUUUUAUGUAUCAGAAGAGUGGGAUCUCAGACACUUGUACGGAGUUUGAUGGCUUGGAUAAUAAUUUGUGGAAGGUUUAGGAGGAUCCCAACUCUUGCCCUGAUACACGCUUGACGCUUCUUGCUAUUGUUGUGUGGCGACCCUGCCUUGAGAUGUGUAGUGUUGUAAUAAGUAGAAAGAAGUCCUAUUUUGUGGA